AUGGAGAUUGAAUACGUCUACGUCAAGAGUCGAUCGCUGUUUGGAAAGCAAUGUAUUUUCGACGACUCCGGGAUUACGGUGGAGGAGAAUAUGGUAUCAGAUCCGGAGAUGAUGGACAGAUACACACACAAACAUCCUUUACAUACCGCUACUCAGAAUACCAGACAAUUCGCUGUUCAUGAGGUUCAGACAAUGAGUACUCCCAUCAAAGACAGUGGUAUGCAUCACACGGAAGGCGGUUGGCCCAAGGAGAUCAACAUGCGGGAUGAGGAGGCAGUUGCGAGAUUUCGGAGACGAGUCGAGAAGAGCGACAAUUGGCCGCCGAGGAUGCGCAAUUUGAUGACAAUUGCUGAAAAAAAUGUACUGCAGAACAGUACUAUUAAUAUCUAUCAACAGUAUUUUGAUGAUAUGGUGCCAACCGAGUUGGUACUGCCGCUGGGAGUGAGAACUGUUAACGUUUACGAGGAUCCCCAAGUUCUCGUUCGUCCGGUAACCCACCUCGCCUGGUCACCCGACAGUGGAAAAAGAUUGGCAGUGGCAUACGGUUGUAGAGAGUUUCAACGAGUUUCGCCAAAACUAAAUCCCUACUCGUACAUUUGGAAUAUCGAGAAUCCAAACAAGCCAUUCAUGGCAUUGAAAGCAGUUCACCCUUCAGUAACGAUUGAAUUCAAUCCCCGUGAUCCCUCUAUGCUGAUCAGUGGACUGAUGUCGGGACAAGUUUGUAACUGGGACAUACGAAGUGGAAACACGCCCAUUCAAAUUUCUCAUCCUCAGUACAGUCAUAGGAAUCCAACAAACUGCGCUCUCUGGAUAAAUUCAAAAACAAAUACCGAAUUCUUCUCUGCGUCAACUGGUGGUGUCAUCCACUGGUGGGAUAUUCGCAAACUUCGACAGCCCACAGACUCUUUAAUUAUGGAUCUUGAGAAUCCACUCCGUGGUGAUGUCGUAAGAGCAAUUGGGGUUUCGGCGCUGCAGUUUGAGGCCACAAUGGGUACGAAAUUCAUGGCUGGAAUGGAGAAUGGAGUGGUUGUUAGUGGUACGAGAAAGGGUAAAAAUCCGGCUGAGAAAUUGGCUGUCAGAUUCAAUUGUCACUAUGGACCAGUCUUGGCGAUCGACAGAAAUCCAUUCAGCACGAAGAAUUUUUUGACUAUUGGCGAUUGGACGGCUAGAGUGUGGGCCGAGGACACGAGGGAGGGUAAUCUAGUAUCAACAAAACACCACAAGGCUUCACUCACUGGUGGAUGCUGGAGCACGUCUCGGUGCUCGGUGUUCUACGUGAUAAAUGAUGAAGGAGUGAUGGAGGUGUUUGAUAUUCUGGUCGGCCUGAACAAUCCAGUCACGACAAUUCGUCUUUGUGGGGACAGUUUAAAGGCGUUGGCACCACAUGAGAAUGGAAAAUUGGUGGCGGUUGGCAGUGACAAGGGCAGUGUGUAUCUCGUUGAGUCGUCAGAGGCACUCACUACCAAUGUUAGAAAUGAUAAAGUGUUCUUGACGUCGUAUUUCGAGAGAUGCAGCAGAUAUGAGAAGUCCAUCGACAGCCGUUUGAAGGAAAUUAGACUUGCGCAGAGGGUUGAGUACGUCGAGGCUGAACCACUUCCAUCCCCCUCCGCCGUGAAAGCCAAGAGUAAUAAGGGCGGUCCCGGCCGCAAACCAGACAAAGAAAAGAAACCAGAUGAUAAAAGUAGUCGAGCCGAUGAAAAGGAGCGUAAGAAAGUGAAACAGAAAAAAGCGAAAAGUGCCUGGGAACUAUUGGAACAACCUGAGCUGGCUGAUGUCGAGCAACAAUACUUCGAGGCUGUACAACAGGAAAUGGAAAAAUACGCUGAGGCUUCAGAGGCACUUGGUGAAGGGUCAGAGGGAACGAUUUCAACAUUGACAGCAUCGAGGGAUGGUACAACUGUAAAGCGAAGAAAACGGGAGGAAUCGAAGGAGCGCAGCAGCACUGGAAGGCGCUCACAAAUAGGGAAGAGAAAGAAAAGCAAGAACUACUCGAUCGUAAAAGUGGAGGUGCCUUCUGUUAUGGCAGAUGUUGGUAUUAAAGACCCUGGAAUGGAUGAGGACGAGGUACCACCUGACGUAAUCGAUGACGGAGCGACAGAUGAUGGGGUAAUGCAAACUAUGGGGGAGAAUGCGGAUGAGAGAGACCUUCCUCCACAAAAACCAUUACGAUUUGGGACUAAACCCUGUGAAGAUGAGAUAUGUGAUCCCAUGAUCUGCUGCUUGGAUAGAACAGGAUCAACGGCCAGACCCGGGGCUGAGUACUCCGAAACUACUAUCCACACCGAAAACCUCAAGAUGAAUGCCGCAAUCGUGGAGAUGCUUGCUGGUCUACCAAAAAACGUAUUACCAAGUCAGCUUGAGGAUCUCCCCCGUUACACAACGGAUGAAAAGCGCAAGAUUCUGGCAGUGAAGGAUGCACCCCCAUCAGUCUUAAGUGAUGCGCUGAAAGAAGCCAAGAGGGGAGUGAGGAGUGAGAUGAGAACAUUGAGAAAAUUCGAACGUUCCACAUCGGGAGAAUUCAAUGUGGUUGGGAAAAAUACGGAACUGACCGAAACAGUAAUCGCUUUGGAUGAGGGUACGGGGACAUCUUUACAAGACGCAGAGGCCCGGAAAAGCGUUUCUUCGUUGAGAAAAUCGGUGAAAAGAGUCACUCGGAAGAAGAUCUCGAUGCUGAAUCCCUGCGACCCGAUUACGAGGAGUUUUGCGUCUCAGGAAAUUCGGAACAUCGUUGGAGUUGACAUCGAAUUACCAGAGAGCGCGAUAUCAUCGGCGAAGUGUACCGUCGAGCCUUUAAAAGAGAAAAAACGAUAUCCCAGAUUCUCAGCCCUCAAU